AUGUCUUCAAUAAUACAGAAAUCAUAUCAACUAUUCUACAAGUAUUUUUUACUGGAAAAAUCGUCACAAUCUACUGUAUCAGAUUUAAAUUUUAAUACAAAUAUAAAUAUUAAUAUCAAUAAAUUAAAACAUCAUAAGUUUUCAAAAGGAGAAAUAAUACAUUAUGGAUUUCUAACAUCAGUUUUAACAUUUGUUUUUUUUUUAAAUCCAGCCUCGUUUUUAAUUAAAUUACCAAUUGCUUUAUUGUUCAUCACUUGUUUUUUAAUUCCAUUAACAUCACAAUUUUUCAUUCAUGCAUUGCCAAUUUUCACUUGGUUGGCUUUUUAUUUUACAAGUUCAAAAAUUCCACAUUCUUGGAAACCUGCAAUUUCUGUAAAAGUUUUACCAGCAAUGGAAACUAUAUUAUAUGGAGAUAAUUUAUCAAAUGUUUUAGCGACUAUAACAAAUCAACUAUUAGACAUAUCUGCAUGGUUACCUUAUGGUAUAUUCCAUUUUGGUGCUCCAUUUGUCGUUGCUAUUGUUAUAUUCUUAUUUGCACCUCCAACCUCAUUAAGAUCAUAUGGUUUUGCUUUUGGUUAUAUGAAUUUAUUUGGUGUUUUUAUACAAAUUUUAUUUCCUGCUGCUCCACCAUGGUAUAAAAAUUUAUAUGGAUUAAAACCAGCAAAUUAUUCAAUGAAAGGAUCUCCUGGUGGUUUAGGUAGGAUUGAUGAAUUAUUAGGUAUAAACACUUAUACACAAGGGUUUUCAAACUCUCCGGUUAUAUUUGGUGCCUUUCCAAGUUUACAUUCUGGUUGUUGUAUAAUGGAAGUCUUAUUUUUUUGUUGGUUAUUCCCCAAUUUCAAAAUUUUGUGGUGUUUUUACGCAAGUUGGUUAUGGUGGAGCACAAUGUAUUUAACUCAUCAUUAUUUUGUAGAUUUAAUUGGUGGUGCAAUGCUAUCAUUAAUUGUUUUUGAAUUUGUAAGAUACAAUUAUUUACCAAAAAUCAGAAGUGAUAAGUUUUGUCGUUGGUCAUAUACCAAAAUUGAAUUUAUCAAUAUUAAUCAGAUUAAUCCUUUAUCUAAUCAUUAUGUUUCAAUAAAUGAUGAUGAGAAUCAAUUUUACACAAGAUUGAAUUAUAUAAAUCCUCAACAAAUAAAUCAGCAAUCAAUUCCAUUACAAUCACUUAAUCAACAACAAUCACAACAACAAGAAUCUUUUGAAAUGUCAAAUAUGCCACGUGCAAGACAAAUAUCAAAACCAUUUGAUCCACUUGUAAUUAAUAAAAGAAAAGAAGACGAAGAAGAAGAAAAUAUAUCUGCAACCUCAAAUACCCCAUCAGUUUUUGAAGAAGAUGGCCAACAAGUAUAUGUGAAUUCGUCAGCUACAUCAGUAGAUGAUUUAGAUUUGGCAAUGAAUAAUAAUCCGUCAAGCAAACAAGCAAGAGCAUGA